ACCGCCGCGUCCUUGCCCGGGGAGGGAGACCAAGCGGGCGGCGCGGGGGCCGACGGGGCCGCGGGGCGGCCGCACCGGAAGUGCCCCGAGCGGCCGAGGAAGCGCCGCGGCUGCGCGCAGCAGGCCGAGGCGGAGGGAAGGGCCUUCGCUGCCGGCCGGGCUGAGGGAGCUCCCUGCGGGUCCGGCCCUCGCACCGAGACGCAGCGCGACCCCGGCCGGCGGCGCCUCCCGGAGAAAAGGACCUCGCCAGGGCGAGGAGGGGGAGGAGAAGGAGGUGAAGGAGUCGCGCCGAGGCCGACGGCGAGCGCGGCGGCCCGCAGACUUGGGCCGCGUCCCUGCGCCCACAUGGCCUCCGGAGUGGGCGCGGCCUUGGAGGAGCUGCCUCCCGACGGCACGUGUGAUGAGUGCGAGCCCGACGAGGCCCCGGGCGCCGAGGAGGUGUGUCGCGAAUGCGGCUUCUGCUUCUGCCGCCGCCACGCCGAGGCGCACAGGCAGAAGUUCCUGAGCCACCACCUGGCCGACUACGUCCAUGGCGCCCAGGUCUGGGCCUCGGGAGCCCCCGGGGAAGGGGAGGCGGAGGCCAAGGACGAGCAGGACAAGGAGUUAGAGAGCGAGACGGAGGAAGGCAGCGAGACGGAGGAGAGCGAGACGGAGGAGGAGGAGGAGGAAGAGGAGGAAGAGGAAGAGGAGAGCGAGGAGGAGAGCGACGAGGAAAUGGAAGACGAACAAGAGAGUGAGGCGGAGGGGGACAACCAGGAAGAGGGGGAGUCGGAGGCGGAGGGGGAAACCGAGGCAGAGAGCGAGUUUGACCCCGAAAUAGAAAUGGAAGCCGAGAGGGUGGCCAAGAGGAAGUGUCCCGACCACGGGCUCGACUUGAGUACCUACUGCCAGGAGGACAGGCGGCUCAUCUGUGUCCUGUGCCCUGUCAUCGGGGCCCACCGGGGCCACCAGCUGUCCACCCUAGAUGAAGCCUUCGAGGAGCUGAGAAGCAAAGACUCAGGUGGACUGAAGGCGGCUAUGAUAGAGUUGGUGGAAAGGUUGAAGUUCAAGAGCUCAGACCCUAAAGUAACUCGGGACCAGAUGAAGGUGUUUAUACAGCAGGAAUUUAAGAAGGUUCAGAAGGUUAUUGCUGAUGAGGAGCAGAAAGCCCUUCAUCUAGUGGACAUCCAAGAAGCAAUGGCCACAGCUCAUGUGACUGAGAUACUGGCCGACAUCCAAUCCCACAUGGAUAGAUUAAUGACUCAGAUGGCCCAGGCCAAGGAGCAACUCAAUACCUCUAAUGAAUCAGCCGAGCCAAAGGCAGAGGGUGACGAGGAAGGACCCAGUGGUGCCAGUGAAGAAGAGGAUACAUGAAGGCUUGCCCUUCCCAGAGGAAACCCAUCCCCGCCCCGUGUGCAUGUGACAGAGUGUGUAACGGCUUCUGAUUUCUGUGAAAGCUGCCCAGCAAUGUACUGCUCACCACUUCUGUCCCCGGAUCCACAGCAGGCAUGUUGCUCUUGGAGGGAUGUCAGCUUUGUGCUUGUCAACUGUGUGCUUCUCAUUCUCAUUGUGGUCACUCAAGCAAGAGCCCCUUUGAUCAGUUGGGAGCAAUGAACAGGGUCCGUCGGUGCUUUGAAAUGACUUGGGAAAGCCUGCCCCUGCAGUGUCGUAUAGCCAAAUAACUUUAUUAGGCAGGAUUUGAAAUAAUCAUGAACUGAGAAUUGUUCCCUACCUGCUAACAAAAACCCUCCGUGUUGUUCGCAGUGAAGCAUGCGGAGGGCGGAGGAGGAUGCGGUGCCUCCUAGAGAGAAUCUCUGCAAAUGCAGGUCUGUGUUUGGAAAAAUCUGGUACCAGGAAUGCUGACAGAUGGCUUGAAUGAUAGGGUUGGAGAAAGAGUUAAACAUUAGAAAGAUACUGAUAUUUUUAGUACAUGGGGUUAUCCAGGACUUCAGAUUCAUAAUUCAGUGCUUUGGAAAUGAAAAAAUGAUUGAAGAGGUGGAAGGGAAAUGACCUUGUGGGGAGUAGGAGGGAGAAGACCAAAGAAAUCUGAUUAAAGGUUGAAAUCAGUA